AUCACGACGCAAGAUACUGGACAGCAACUCAUUACAAUUCUCUUCCAUGUCUCUCUCAUUUACACAUAUUAAACUAUAUUCCAUGGAACCUAACUUAAACAAUUUUCUCUAUAUUUCCAGUAAUUAAACAAAUAAAAUAACUGACUAUCAUCAUUGUUUAUAUACCAACUUCGUUUCCACGCUCUCUGGUUCCACAGAACCGGCCAUGGAAGCCACUAAUGUGCUUCAUCUGCUUAUCAUCUCUCUGUUUUCGACGAUUCUUUUGGCACAAGCAACUGAUAUCCUCAUAGCAAACCAGACUCUAAAAGAUGGAGACACCAUUGUUUCGCAAGGUGGGAGCUUCGAGGUUGGUUUUUUCUCUCCAGGAGGAUCAAGAAAUCGUUAUCUCGGAAUUUGGUACAAGAAAAUCUCUCUCCAGACCGUUGUUUGGGUUGCUAACAGAGACUCUCCUCUCUACGAUCUCUCAGGAACCCUAAAAGUAUCUGAAAAUGGGAGCUUAUGCCUCUUCAAUGACCGGAAUCACAUCAUCUGGUCAUCAUCAUCCUCACCAUCUUCCCAGAAAGCCAGCCUAAGAAACCCAAUUGUUCAGAUUCUUGAUACAGGUAAUUUAGUUGUGAGAAACUCAGGGGAUGAUCAGGAUUACAUAUGGCAGAGUUUAGAUUACCCAGGAGAUAUGUUUCUUCCAGGAAUGAAAUAUGGUCUUAAUUUUGUAACCGGUUUAAACCGGUUCUUGACAUCUUGGAGAGCAAUAGACGAUCCAUCAACUGGUAACUACACGAAUAAAAUGGAUCCAAACGGUGUUCCGCAGUUUUUCCUGAAGAAAAACUCGGUUGUUGUCUUCAGGACUGGUCCAUGGAACGGUCUAAGAUUCACCGGUAUGCCAAACCUAAAACCUAACCCUAUCUAUCGGUAUGAGUAUGUCUUCACGGAGGAAGAAGUUUACUACACUUACAAGCUUGAAAACCCUUCAGUGCUGACAAGAAUGCAGCUGAAUCCGAAUGGAGCUUUGCAACGUUACACUUGGGUCGAUAACCUUCAAAGUUGGAACUUCUAUUUAUCGGCUAUGAUGGAUAGUUGUGAUCAAUACACGUUGUGUGGCUCUUACGGAAGCUGCAACAUCAAUGAAUCUCCCGCUUGUAGGUGUUUAAAAGGGUUUGUUGCUAAAACUCCACAGGCUUGGGUUGCAGGGGAUUGGUCCGAAGGGUGUGUUAGGAGAGUGAAACUGGAUUGUGGUAAAGGAGAGGACGGCUUUCUGAAGAUUUCAAAGUUGAAGUUACCAGAUACAAGAACAUCGUGGUAUGAUAAGAACAUGGAUUUGAAUGAAUGCAAAAAGGUAUGCUUGAGAAACUGUACAUGCUCGGCUUAUUCGCCUUUCGACAUUAGAGAUGGCGGAAAAGGAUGUAUUCUCUGGUUCGGAGAUUUGAUUGAUAUAAGAGAGUAUAAUGAAAACGGACAAGAUCUGUAUGUGAGGCUUGCUUCUUCUGAGAUAGAUGAGUACAAUAUCCAUUACGUGAAGGGAAAGAUAAGGAUGAUACUCAUAAUAGUAUUAUCUACUGCUCUGUUUCUUUUUUGUCUUUGCAUUGGUUUGACUGUCUUCAACAUGAAAAAAAAGAAACUUGCAACAAAAGAAACUUUGCAGCGCGAAUCAUCCCGUGUUUCAAGCAGGAAACAAGAGGAAGAAGAUCUUGAAUUACCAUUUCUUGAUCUUGACACGGUCUCAGAAGCUACAAGUGGAUUCUCUGCUGGGAACAAACUUGGACAAGGUGGUUUUGGACCUGUUUAUAAGGGAACAUUGGCUUGUGGACAAGAAGUUGCUGUAAAAAGGCUAUCAAGAACGUCAAGACAAGGGGUAGAAGAAUUCAAGAACGAGAUCAAGCUGAUUGCAAAGCUUCAACACAGAAAUCUUGUGAAGAUUCUUGGAUAUUGUGUGGACGAAGAAGAACGAAUGCUUAUCUACGAGUAUCAGCCGAAUAAAAGCUUGGAUUCUUUCAUUUUCGAUAAAGAACGACGUAGAGAACUUGAUUGGCCUAAACGAGUGGAAAUAAUCAAAGGGAUUGCUCGCGGAAUGCUGUAUCUCCAUGAAGAUUCAAGGCUUCGAAUCAUCCACCGAGAUCUCAAAGCAAGCAAUGUGUUGCUUGAUUCUGAUAUGAAUGCGAAAAUAUCGGAUUUUGGAUUGGCUAGAACCUUGGGAGGAGAUGAAACUGAAGCAAACACGACCAGAGUGGUUGGAACAUAUGGAUAUAUGUCGCCGGAGUAUCAAAUCGACGGGUAUUUCUCAUUGAAAUCUGAUGUAUUUAGCUUCGGAGUUUUGGUAUUAGAGAUAGUGUCAGGAAGAAGAAACCGCGGAUUUCGUAAUGAAGAACACAAGCUGAACCUUCUUGGACACGCUUGGAGGCAAUUCUUAGAAGAUAAGGCAUAUGAGAUAAUCGAUGAAGCUGUCAAUGAGUCAUGUACCGAUAUCUCUGAAGUGUUAAGAGUGAUACACAUUGGUCUGUUAUGUGUACAACAAGAUCCUAAAGACAGACCAAACAUGUCAGUGGUGGUUUUGAUGUUGAGUAGUGAAAUGUUGCUUCUUGAUCCGAGGCAGCCCGGGUUCUUUAACGAACGAAAUCUCUUGUUUUCCGACACUGUGUCGAUUAAUCUCGAGAUUCCUUCCAAUAAUUUUCAAACCAUGAGUGUAAUAGAUCCUAGGUAA